GGUUGAGGCAUUCGGAUGUGUUUGGCGGAACCGCGUGGGCUCAAGCUCGACACAUCGCGAUCAAAGUGUUAUUUUCAUGUGUGUUGCAUGGGACACAUCUUUAUUCUAUUCGUGGUCAGUCUGGCCAACGCAGCCGCUGACCGCUACUCCUUGCUCCAGCUGCCAAGCUUCAAGCGGCCUGGGGUAGCUGAUGCCAAUGCGUCACAGUGGGCUUCUUGGUGUUGGGACGGCCUUGAAAGACUUCAUGAUCGUGAGAUUUUCCUCAUCCACAUCCCGAAGGUCGCAGGCUGCUCCAUCGUCGGAGACCUGUCCAAGCUGGUCGGGCGAGACAAGAUUUGGACCGGGCAGGUGUGCUGGGACAGGUCGACUCAAGCCAAGUUUGAAAAGACGGUUUUGAUGCUUCGUCGUCCGAACGACCACCUUCUGUCCAUCUACCAUCAGUGCCUACAGCCAGGGCCACUUGAACUCCAUCACCGUCAAAAGCUGGGCGUUGCUCAGGGUCAACCAGGAUUCACUCUUCCUGACUUCGCAACAUGGGUCAAGUCGUGGAAGCAGGAUGCACCGAAGCAGUUCUACACUCAGGCAUAUCUUCAGGAGAGGUAUCACUGCUCGGAUCCCCGGAAUCCUACAAGCCGUCAACUGACCUGCGCUGACGAGACAGACCAUCCGGUCAACAUCCACGUGCAGAAACCGAUGGAAAUCCUUCACUCUGCCAGCGUCAUCGGGCUCGUGGAGGCCUAUCACGAGAGCAUCUGCCUUUUCGCUUGGAAGUUGAGGAACUUUUUGCCGAGUCAUUGCAACUGCGAAGACGUGGCCGCUUGGGAGGCCUUUGUUCCGCUUCAUAUCACGCACAAGCACACCUACAGCGACACGGUGGACGACUACAACGCAAGCGUUCAGAAGGAUAUCGAAGGGUUGACACAUGUUGACCGGAAAGUCUACCAGGCAGGACUGGCUCGAUUCUUUCAAGAAAUGGAUGAGCUGGAAAAGACCUUAAGGGUGAAGGUUCUUUGUGACCAGCAACGCCAGAAACUUCUGAACACUAGUCAAUAUUAGUCAAACAUAGCCUGGCUUACACCGCGCGAUCCGCGUGGCACAGCACAGCUGGGUGGCAGGUGUCUCAUGCCGUUGAAGCGCGCCUGGGGUGUCAAGUUGGAGCCCUUGUUGCACACCCCAAUCCAAUUUCAAUCCCACGCAGAUCAAUAUGGAAAGGUACUGAAUUUGGGAGAUUGUGGUUGUUUAUGUUUGGACCACACAGCGGUGUGUUUUGGAUGACAAUUCAUGCCAAUUCUGAGAAAUGCCGAGCGUGUUCGGAUUUAUUUGAAGGUCAUAAGAACCCAUUCCGUGCUUGGCUGGUUGCCACACGAGUGACCCUGCACCAUCGAGCGUGACAGUGA